CUGUUGGAUCCGUCGUAAAAGACCAGUCUUUCCUCGUUCGUAGUGGAGAACACGAGUGUAGCUCAAGCGGUAGAAACGAGAAUGCUCAAGUGACUUUAUGCUAUUUUAAGCCUUUACAGUCCUUUUUAUAAUGCUUAAAACGCCAUAAUUUAUAAAUUACUGAACUUAAAGAACCACGACAAUUAAUGAAAAACAAUCGAGAACAGAUACUACAACAAUGACGUAUACUGCAACAAUAAGGAGAACCAGACCUUUAGAGUGCCUUAUCCUGCCCUCACUACUGUUGCUGUUGACGAUGGGGUGGUCCAGGGUGGUCAUGGGCACGGGCGUAGUGGGCAACUUCAUCAAAAUCAACAUCACUGUAGUUUUACCUGAAGGUGGUAACAGAACUAAGACCAUCGAUACUGAUGAAAAUAGCCUGAAGACGUUUGGUAUCACAAGGGAAGAACUGUCCAGCGCCCUCAUAUACACGAAUGCCAAUGGAGAGGUUAGUGAGGUAGUGAUGGGCGAACGACACAUCCCUCUACAUCUGGAGCCGGUCAGGGACUCCAGUUACACCUCCUACAGUUUUGGGACGGUUGAUGGUGGGUUCUGGUCCGUUAGCGCCUCCAACUUCACCAACAUCACCAUCCACGAUCUCGAAGACGACGAGACACUGGAGGCUGUGGAGGUGUCACUAGACUGGUCGUUGCCGCCCCUUGCCCAGCCAAACCCCGCCGACGUCACCCUCACGUCUGCCCUUUUGGAGGCCGCCAUCUACCUCGACAAUACCACCCUGGUGCGACAGAAAGUCAGUGGUCGCGUGGCGAUAGGGAAGUGGGUACAGAUGGUGCCAUACGCCGGGGUGUACCUGCAGGUGUUGAACCCUCACACCCACCUCACCACCCUGGCCGCCUACUUCAACACUCAAGACUACUUCAUAGACAGAGAGCUGGUCCACACCCUCACCAACCUCAUGCCCGGCAGGCUGGCUUUUCUCACCUCCUACUAUGACACUUCAGGUCGGUUGGGAGCAUCGUCUAGGGACACUCUCACCUCACUAGGGUCCUUCGCCGCCCGUUACCUCACCUUCGGGGACUGCUGGUCGUGGGCGUGGCGUGUGGGCGGGGCUACACUCGCCGAGGGACUGGUCACCAACCCUCACGGCGUCAUGAGCCACCCGCCUCCUCUCAACUUAGAGGUCCCUGUCUCUCCAUCACCACCUUCAGAGCGCCUGUGUGAGUCGUGGCCCUUGUCUUGGAAUAAACGACAACACUUUUGUGACAUGUACGACGGCUAUGGCGACCUGUGCUCCUGCUCAGCACCCUUCACCCUGCCCGCCAACGCUACGGGGACAGGGGAGGAGCUGGGCGUGGUGGUGGUGGCGGGCAGCCGAGCGAGAUAUCUCUUCAGACUACUGAGGCAGCUGCUGACUCAGCCGGGCGUGGCACUGCAUCAGGUGUUGGUAUCAAUAGAUGGCGGCUAUGAGGAGACCAUCAAGCUGGUGGAUCUGCUGGGGCUCAGGUGGCGCGUCCAUAACCCUGAAGGCAAAGGCUCACCGCGUAUAUCCAGACACAUGAGGUUCGCGCUCUACCACGGGGUUCAGCUGCUGGCCACCAACAAGUUCAUCAUCUUGGAGGACGACCUCAUCCUCGCUCCUGACUUUUACUCGUACAUGCAGCAGACAGCUGUGCUCUUAGAUAAAGACCCUUCACUGUUCGCUGUGUCUGCCUACGCCCACUUCUCCUUCAGACACACUGCUCACGACCCCACCCGCCUAUAUCGCGUCCACUCCUUGCCUGCAUACGGCUGGAUGGUUAAGAGGAGCUUCCUGGAGGAGACGCUGCCCAAGUGGCCUCCUGUCUUUGUGGCUACAGACUGGGACUACUGGAUGGGGUGCGGACUGGUGCGUCGUGGGAGGGAGUUGGUCAUCCCUGAGGUGUCAAGGACCUCCCAUGCUGGGCUCUCUGGCACACACUUCUCCGGCUUCGUCACCCAGAAACGCUUCUCCAACAAGCCUCUCUCAGAUGACCCUAACACCCGGGUCAACCUCACCACAGUGAACAGAGAGGUGUACGAAAUUGAACUGAAAGAAUUAUUGUCAAGGGCUAAACCACUCAACAUCAGCGACCCUUACAACUUCACAUUUCCUAGCGAACCUGGCGAGGUGUAUGCCGUCUGUGUCAAGAUGCACUUCCAAGGUGACGACAAAACCUUCAAGGUACUCGCAGACGCAUUGAAGAUUUGGAGUCAGGAUCCGAGGGAUCACCACUACGGCCUGUGGAGACUCCCCUACCACCGAGCGACCCUCCUCAUCAUAGCGACCCCUUACUCUAAGUACAGUAAGAACUACCUGAAGCAGCAGUGUCCCGUGUUAAGUGUGAACGGUGCUCUGUACGCUCAUAUGCUGGACAAUUACAAUGACGAAAACUACAACUUCUUGAGACAUUCCCCCCUCGACUUCCUCACUAUCAUGAACCUCAACCUCGACUCCCGGGCCCAGUUCGAGCAUCACCUGAUGGAACACUCAGUCUCCCAUGACGUCACUUCCGGCGAAGCUAAUAAUGAGACUUCUUCGCAUAUCAGUACACUAUUAGGAGAUAAGACGGUAAUUACCAGUACACUAGAUGAAGAUAAGACCGUAUAUACCAGUACACCAGGUGAAGAUAAGACCGUAUAUACCAGUACACCAGCUGAAGAUAAGACCAUAUAUACCAGUACAGCUGAAGAUAGGACUGUAUAUCCCAGUACACCACCUGAGGAAAAGACCGUAUAUACCAGUACAUUAGCUGAAGAUAAGACCGAAUAUACCAGAUGAAGAUAAGACCGUAUAUACCAGUACACUAGCUAGAUAAGACCUGAAGAUACGAAUAUAUAUACCAGUACACCACUGAAAAUAAGACUGUACAUAAGAACUUAAGAAUGAAAGAAACUGCAGCGGGGCUAUUGGCCUAUACUGGGCAGUUCCGUUUACACCCAACCAGCUGAAAAUAAGACCGUAUCUGAAGACCAGUCGUUUACUAGUGCUCCAAUACAGAUUGUGCAAGAUAUAAAAACAGUAAAACUCCGGAUGAUUUCGCAGAGUACUUGGUCUUUGGUACCAAUAUAUACCACAGUAAAAAAUGUAACAGAAGGUUUUUAAUACGAAUGAGUCAGCCUACUCGUGGUGAAGUACAGUAUAUGUCAAUAUUGCCCACGAUAACUUAAAGCUACUGAAAAGCGACACGAUGAUUUUUUAAAAGAUCAAAACAACCCCUUUUCGGCAACGCAUCAGUGAUAAGGAACGACUUUUAAUUCUUCCGUCAGCGUAGGUGGUGUUUUUCAAAAUCGUGAGAGCAAACAAAUAGGGAGAGAACAGAAACCUGCCGUUAGUUACUCUGCCUUGUGAUAAGGAUUUGUACAUUAAAAUGAACCUAUUUACUGUGUCAAUUGAGACUUGUGAUGUAGAAAAGUAGACAAGUAUCAGGAAACUGCAACAUAUAAUGAACCUUUAACGAAGAAGAAAUUUUGGAUGAUGGUGAGAAACACGGAGAUAAUGAUAUUGGGUACAGCUGGGUCUUCAUUUACACGGGCAAUUGAACCCGUGGAGACCCGCGUAAAACGAGAAACGCGUAAAUGAAAUAACAGAACAUAUGGGAUUAAUUAAA